AUGUACAGAGAAUUGAAUUGUGACCACAGCUUAGCUUUGGAAGAUCGCAUCCAUCUAACUCGGCCUCUCUCUUUUUUCCUCGAUUUUCCAAGCCUCAGUCAUAUUGCCAUAUUCACCAUUAUUCAAGCCAAUGACUUCGUCCUACUUUCUGCAGGAAAUGGCGACGAUCCUUGUGCAGAACAUAAACACACGAAGCGGAUUGUAAUAGUUUCGCUGGCGGGAUCGGUGGGCUUGCUGUUGCUCUGUGCUGUGUUAUCACUCCUGCAUGCACCAAAAUGGUUCAAGAACUCUGUCUUCUUCAGCUCCAAAUCAGAAUGCACACACAACAUCGAAGCCUUUUUGGGUAAUUGUGGAUCCCUGGCCCCCAAAAGAUUCAAGUAUUCUGACCUGCGAAAGAUCACCAAAUCCUUCCGAGAGAAACUGGGCGAAGGUGGAUAUGGAAGCGUGUUCAAAGGCACGCUCCCGGACGGCCGCUUGGUGGCCGUCAAGAUCUUGAGCAAGUCCAAGGAGGACGGCGAGGAAUUCUUCAACGAAGUCGUCAGCAUCGGUCGCACCUCGCACGUCAACGUCGUCACUCUCCUCGGCUUCUGCCAAGACGGCCGCCGAAGAGCUCUGGUUUACGAGUUCAUGCCCAAUGGUUCCCUGGAGAAGCACAUCAACCGAGCAGCUCUUCCUUGGGACAGACUCCACCAGAUAGCCAUCGGCAUCGCCCGAGGGCUGGAGUAUCUGCAUCGCGGCUGCAACGCUCGCAUAGUCCACUUCGACAUCAAGCCUCACAACAUCCUCCUCGACGAGGAUUUCCGCCCGAAGAUAUCAGACUUUGGAUUGGCGAAGCUGUGCCCGCAGAGAGGGAGCGUGCUGUCCAUGGCGGACGCGAGAGGGACGAUAGGGUACAUCGCACCGGAAGUGUUCUGCAGGAACAUUGGAGCGGUCUCCACCAAAUCAGACGUCUACAGUUAUGGAAUGAUGGUCUUGGAAAUGGUUGGAGGGAGGAGGAACGUAAGAGCAGGCGCAGGCGCAGAUAGGAGCAGCGAGGCAUACUUUCCUGAGUGGCUUUACGAGCACUUGGAUGGAGAAGGAGAUCUUGGAGCUUACGGUGUGACAAAUGAAACGGAGGAGAUGGCGAGGAAGAUGAUAAUGGUUGGGUUGUGGUGCAUACAAACCAGGCCAGCAGAUCGGCCUUCCAUGAGCAGGGUUGUGGAGAUGCUGCAAGGGAGAGGCAGCGACGUGGAAAUGCCACCAAAGCCGUGUCUUUCUACGCCAUCCCAAUCCUACGUUAGCUCUGCAUCUUAGCAACGCGUUUGAUCGAAUCUGAGUUUGGGUUAUCCCAAAUUGGGCUUAACUUGGGCUCAAUUUAGGGCUUAUUUAAGUGUAGUCUUUCGGGGCUCGCUACACAAGCAAAUUCAAACGGCAUAUAAAUAGGCGCGCGAUUUG